AUGAAGGCAAAGUGCUAUGAGGAUAUAGAGCACUCCUUUCUGUUCAUGAUCAUGGGCAAUGACUGCCGUGUGGCCAUCUGCCACCCCCUGCGCCACAACGUGCUCAUGAGCACCCGCACCUGUGCCCGUCUGGUGUCCUGGACCUGGGCUGGGGGCUCAGUCAUGGGGAUGAUGGUGACCCUGAUAGUUUUUCACCUCACCUUCUGUGGGUCCAACAUGAUACACCAUUUUCUCUGCCAUUUGUUUUCUCUCCCGAAGUUGGCCUGUGGGAAUGAGAAUUCGUCUGUCUCCUUGGGUGUGGUCCUGGUGUGUGUCACAGCUCUGACGGGAUAUUUAUUCCUCAUCGUCCUCUCCUAUGUUUUCAUUGUGGCUGCCAUAUUGAGGAUCCCCUCUGCUGAGGGCAGGCACAAGACCUUCUCCACAUGUGUGUCCCACCUCACUGUGGUCAUUGUGCACUAUGGUUUAGCCUCCAUUAUCUAUCUCAAGUCCAAAGGUCCCUAUUCUAUGGACAGUAACACUCUGAUAGCCACCAUCUAUACAGUCUUCACUCCCUUUCUCAGCCCAAUCAUCUUCAGGUUCAGGAAUAAGGAGUUCAAGAAUGCCAUAAUGGAAAUCUUCCAGAGAAAAUUCAAUCCCUUUGGCUUCUGA